CCGGCACCUACCACGGCUAUCGCGUCACGCACUUCAGCUCAAUUGAGAUACCUUCUCACAAGUUCGUAUACGGCGCAGUGUGCCGGCGACACCGGUUACUCGUUCACGGCACCGACAUCUCCGACGGAAGCCACCGUUGCUGCCAUGUGUGCGUCUGAAUCGUGCGUUAAUCUCUUCGCGUAUGUGGCAUCAAUGGUGACAACAGACUGCCGCGUCCCAGUCGGCGGGAAGAUCCUGCUUCUAUCGGAUUUGGUUGACUACGUGGUGACGCAGCCACACCUA